CGCUGCCGUCAUCUGACCGAGCGUUGGGCGACACCAGGAAGAAACAGCUGUUAUGACAUUAAAUGAAGAGAAUAAACAUUAAAAUAAAAUAUCAAUGAACAGGUCAUAACAACAACUCGCAGCUCGCAAAACAAACACCAGGUCCGGUACCUUGAACCCUGCAGUUUGGGAUCAGUUACAAUGGAGGAGACGAACAGAGAGGCGGUUGCCACGGCAGUGCAGAGGGUUGCUGGGAUGCUGCAGCGCUCUGACCAACUCGACAAAGUGGAGCAGUACAGACGGAGAGAGGCGCGCAAGAAAGCUUCCGUGGAAGCUAGAUUAAAGGCUGCUAUUCAGUCUCAGUUGGAUGGGGUACGAACAGGCCUCACGCAGCUCCAUAAAGCCCUGUGUGAUGUGAAAGACAUCCAGAGCUCUCUGGCAGACGUCAGUAAAGACUGGAGGCAGAGCAUCAACACCAUAGAGAGUCUGAAGGACGUGAAAGACGCAGUGGUUCAGCACAGUCAGCUGGCUUCAGCCGUCGAGAACCUCAAAAACAUUUUCUCAGUACCUGAGAUCGUACGAGAGACUCAUGAUCUGAUCGAGCAGGGCGAGCUGCUUCAAGCUCACCGCAAGCUAAUGGACCUGGAGUGCUCCCGCGAUGACCUCAUGUACGAGCAGUAUCGCAUGGACAGCAAGAACGUCCAUGACAUGAACCUCAUUCGUAACUACUUCGGCCAGGUGCAGGGCCUGUCAGAGGAACUCUCCAAACAACUCUGGAUGGUCCUCCAACGCGCCAUGGUCACUGUCCGCCGCGACCCCACCAUGCUGGUGUCUGUGGUCCGAAUCAUCGAGCGUGAAGAGAAGAUCGACCGCAAGAUGCUGGACCGUAAGAAGCAGACCGGGUUCAUCCCACCCGGGAGGCCCAAAUCCUGGAAAAAUCGAAUGAAUGAAGUCCUAGAGAGCACCGUGAGUGGUCGCAUCGAGAGCACGCAGUCAGAAACACGCGAGUCUGACAAGAUGUGGCUGGUGAGGUUGCUGGAGAUCACUAGGAAGUACGUUCUGGAUGACCUGACCGUGGUGAAGAACCUGAUGGUGCAGUGCUUCCCGCCACACUAUAACACCUUCCAGGUGUUCCUAAACCUGUAUCUUAAAUCAGUGUCGGCACGCGUGCAGGAGCUCGCAGCUGAAGAUCUGGAAGCCAACGAGAUUGUGUCUCUUCUCACGUGGGUCCUCAACACGUAUAAAAGUGUGGAGAUGAUGGCUCAUCCUGAUCUGCAGCCUGAGUGUGACGUCAAGCAGCUGGAGCCACUGCUGCCCGAACACGUGGUGGAUAAUUUGCUGGGCAAAUACCUCAAAAACUUUACUUCAAACAUCACAGGCUGGCUGCGCAAAGCUUUGGAGACUGAUAAGAAAGACUGGCAGAAGGAGACGGAGCCUGAGGCUGACCAGGACGGCUACUACCAAACCACCUUACCUGCUAUUGUCUUCCAGAUGUUUGAGCAGAAUUUGCAGGUGGCUGCGCAGAUCAACGAGACCUUUAAAGAGCAGGUGCUGAGAGUCUGUCUGAAGCAGAUGCACUCGUUCCUUGUGAGGUAUCGAGAGGAGGCGAUCAGCUACAAGGAGGAACAUCUGAAAGAUCGUCAGCUCCCGCAGUGCUACGUUCAGUACAUGAUCGCCAUCAUCAACAACUGUCAGACGUUCAAAGAGUCUAUAAAUAGCUUGAAAAGGAAGUACUCUCAGUCGACUGAACCCACUCAGAUCGACGCCACCAUAGACAAGCUCCUGAACGAGGUGGCCCGAGAGGGCUGCCAGUUCCUGCUGGAUGAAGUCUUCCUGGAUUUGGAGCAUCAUCUUAAUGAUCUGCUGACCCGGAAGUGGUUGACCGGAUCUCAUGCUGUAGACACCAUCUGUGUGACCGUGGAAGACUACUUUAACGACUUUGCCAAAGUUAAAAAGCCUAAUAAUCAGGAAAUGACGAGCGAGGCUCAUCGGCGGGUGGUGGUGGAGUAUCUGAAGGCCAUCAUGCAGAAGCGCAUCUCGUUUAAAAACGCCGAUGAGAGGAAGGAGGGAGCCGACCGGAUGAUGAAAGAAGCAGAUCAGUUCAAAUUCCUCUUCAGGAAACUUUCUGCUGGAGAGGACACAGACCGGCUGUGUGACUCCAUCUCUGCCAUCGCUGAGGUCUUCAAACUGACCGAUCCUGCGCUGCUCUACCUGGAGGUGUCCACCCUGGUGUCCAAAUAUCCUGACAUCAGAGAGGAGCACAUUGUGGCCCUGUUAGCAGUCCGUGGAGAUGCCAGUCGAGAAAUGAGACAGAUGAUCAUAGAAACUCUGAACCAGAACAAACCAUCCUCUUCCACUGUGUCUCAGCCCAUCUUCAGAGACAUCACUGUGCCAACCAACACCAUGACCGCCAUGACCUCUAUGACUGUUCCCAAACUGCUCAAAUAAUCUGACCUUUACCCCUAGAGCCUUUACUAAGCCGCUAACAGGCCACUGAAUGGAGUAUCGACUCCAAUGAUGCACUUUGGAAAUAUAUUCUCUGCCAUCUCAGUGGAUGAUGAUGUACACUUGAAUGGCAGCAGCUCGUGUUGAGACUGCAGAUGCUUAGAUUUAUUAUGAUGACUUGAUGUACAGAAACAUUUAAAAAAAAAAAAAAAUCCUACCCUGCCCUUCGAAAAAUGGUUGAAAGAUUAAUUAAAACAAUAGUUCACCCAAAAGCUUGUCAAAAGCACCAAAAUAUGUUUUGGGAGUUAUAUUUCCACAUAUUGCAGCUAUAUUGUACUUAAUGGAUGUCAGGCUUUAGAAAGACAACAUAAGUAUGCACUUAUAUUCAAUGUCUUAUAAAGCAAAUAUGAUAGUUUUUUGGUUCACAUGAAAAGCCAUUUAAGUAGUUACAAAACCAGAACCUUUCAAAUUGCAUUUUCUCUUACAUUUUCAAAUAUGGCAUUAAAGAUACACUAGGUUUGUCUAACCUACUGGUGACAAAUAGCAAUUUAUUUUUUCAGUUAUUUACAUUAAAACUCAAAUGUUCAGUAGAUUUUUUUUAUAUAGUGCAUUAACAAAUGAUGAGGUUGCAUUCAGCAGCGUUUGUGUCGUUCGUUCUCAUGAAUAAUGUAGAGUUUAAUUUCUUUUUCACUAUAGUGCCACACAUUCAGAAGCAUCCUGCUGGUUACUGUCAUGAACUGUAACGAACCACUGUACUCCAUCACGUCUGUUUUCACUGGAAUAAAAUCCGGGUUAACACUAAAC